UUCUCGAGUCCUAGGAUCGCGCCGCCGGUCAACGAAUCUCGUCGGAAACUGAGUAUCAACACGCUAGGCGCCGCCAUAUAUCAACACCACCGCGUUUCCACGUCGAAGCUUGAUGCGUUCGCAACUUCCGUCCACCAGCGUGUUGCUUCGUCGAGCCUUGCCAAUCAGCAAGCCGCUGCCGACGGCUAGAGGAUAGCCGCUGCUGCCGGGCCCAAUCGAACCGUAUUCUCGACAGAGGCCGACAUCUCGACUUCUCAAUGCCCUGGCAGCCUCUCCCCCGGAUCGCCUUCGCCGUCGCGACCUACCCUUUCACAGCCGCGAGCCCGGCCGACCUCCCGCUCGAAAUCGGCGAUGAGCUCUACAUAAUCGAAGAGACGCCAGACGGCAACUGGCUGCGCGGCUAUCUCGUUGCUCCUCCCAGUCUGCUUGCUGGCCUGACCUCCGUCAAGGGGCAGACGCUGGAAGCUCGCGUUUUCAGUGGUAUCUUUCCGAGAAGCUGCGUGGAAGUGCGAGAGCUGCUUGGCGAGGCCGACGAAAGACACGACGAGGAUUUUGCGAGCGACAGCGGCAUCGAUGACCGCCCGGGUAGCGACUCUGCCAAGAGCGGCAUCAUCGACGGCAUAGAGUCGGGCAAGGGACAAGGCCAGGACAAGAAGCAUGAUUCGGCGCAGUGGAACAAGACUUUGCGAGACCUCACAGGGGAUGGGGUCAAGAACCUCUCAGUCCCCGUUCGCAGAGACCCCAAUGCGCCUCGACCCCCAGCGCCUGUGCCAAUGCUCAAGAUUGGCGACGAGACGCCAACCUCGGUCGACGAGCCACUGGUUGACGAAAUCGCGUCGUGCUUGCGAGAGUGGCACUCCAAAUACCUCCAUGAGCUGCUUCUUUCUCGGCAGUAUGCAAAGCUCGAGAAGCUAUCGCAGCUCGUCAACUCCUUGAACCUCCACCGCCAGCAGUUCCUCUACAAUGUCCUCACCGCGUACGAAUAUGAACAACUGAGAGAGAAGACGGUCUGGGACCUCGUCACCGUCAACAAGCUAUGUGGUGGUGAGGUGGUUGUGCGUGACCCCUCGGCGCGCGGCAGAGUCCUGACGGCUGAUGACUCUGUUGUCGAUGUUACCAAGCUCCAGUCGGUUAUGAGCCUGCUCGAUGAGCCUCCCCAGGCCGCCUCUGAGCUUACGAGCUUGAACCACAUCUUGCUGGACGUUAAGGGAUUCGCAGGAAGCUCUACCGAAGAGACGACGAUUGUGGCUUACCUGGUCAGCAAGCCUCAAUAUGCCAAGGGAACCAACCUCUCCGAGUGUUUCAGUAUCGAGAUCCCCGCCGGCGGUUCGAUCAGCGGUCUUGCACAGAGCACCAGCACCCGAACACUCUUCACCGAUCUCUCUGCGCAUGACAUUGGUGAGGCUCCCGCCGCCGACUCGGAGCUAUACCUUGUUGUGAAGGUGUUAGCAGCACAGCACAUCUUCAUCCCCCAGCCCCUGUCUCGGUCCGGCACCGACAGCAGCUUUACGAGAGAAAACGUCAAAACGCCUCCCGCAAGCUCAGGGAAGGCUUCUAGGAGGAGCAUGAUGUGGGGGAGCAAGACUGCGCGAACCGCCUUUUCGCGAGGAAACGCAAUGAACAAGAUGGAACCCCUUUCAGAGCAGCACGAAGCGAGACCCUACUCCAAUACUCGCCUGGACAGCCAAGACGGGAGUAGCAAGCCGCCAAGCAGUGCCGGGUCCAGGAGUACCACGGAUAUUCAUGAAACGGGACAAACUGUCGAGCGUACUGUUGGCGUUGGAGUCUUGAAGCUCAACUCCAUCAUGAAGCAGUCAGAAGAGGUUGAGCAGGUUGUCACCAUCUGGUCGCCAGCGCUCGGUUACUCCCAGACCGACAGAGAUGCCGCUGAAGAAUUUGACCCCCUAAUCCGCGAGCUGAUCACCAGUACGUCCGGUCAGUAUGAGAAGUCGAGGAGCGGCGAGCGGCUGCAGGUCUCUCUCAGGAAGUUCCAGCAUCCGGAUGCCGAUGGCCUGAUCAAGGCCACGCCCACCAUCCUAUCUGGCGUAUCGAAGACGAGCAGGAUCGGCUUUGCUGCCGCACCAACCAAGCCAAGAUCGGAUAUAUAUCUCACGCUCAACAUUGCCGCUUUGGCAAAGCAGCACAUGAUAUCCAGGUAUGCGGGCAGCGCAAUUAACCUGCCUAGCACGGUCAGCGGGGCGAACUUGCAGCUCACGCUCGAGAUCCGCCAAUCGUCUGGUGAACGCUUUGAGAGAUGCAUUUUCACAUCUUCCAAUACCGAGGCCCUCACCACGUUCAAGUCCUGUGCCGUGGAAAGGGGAGAAGCCUGGAACCAGACUCUCCGCCUGUCGCUGCAGCCAAGCGACGUAAUGAAUGCUCACGUCGUCAUGUUUUUGUCGGACAUGCCAAACCCACCAUUUGCCGUUGCGCACAUGCCUCUGUGGGAGGACCAAGCCUUCAUUCGCGAUGGACCUCAUGGGCUCUUGCUCUAUAAAAUAGACGAAUUCACCUCGACUGCGCAGGCCGGCCCCUCAGGUAAGGGUGGAUAUCUUGCCGUCCCGUGGGCACCGCGAGGCAAAGAUGACCGCUCGGUGGAUGUGACUGGGCCGCUUGCCGUGAUGAUGGUAGACACCUACCUCUGCAGCACGAGGUUCUCUCAGGACAGAAUUAUCCUGGGGCUUCUCAAGUGGAAAGACUUGCCCAAAGACGAGAUACCCGCCAUCCUGAAACAAGUCGUGUUUGUCUCAGAAAUUGAAGUCGUGAAGCUCCUCAGCGACGUGCUGGACGGGCUCUUUGGAAUCCUUGUGGAGUACUCUGGGAAUGACGAAUACGAAGAUCUAGUGUUUACGGCUCUGGUUAGAGUGCUUGGAAUCGUACACGAUCGACGGUUCAACCUGGCUCCCCUGGUGGACCAUUAUGCGGAAACUCAGUUCAACUACCCCUUUGCUACCCCUUGUCUCAUACAGUCCUUCAUCCGGCUGCUCAAACGUCACGCAGAGCCCGAGACAGCCCGCAAGCUGCGUGCGACUUUCAAGGUUUCCCGAGGCCAACAAAAGGUAAAGGAGGCGGAGAUAGGAAUCCAGUCCUCCGCUCAAGGACUUACCAGGAGCCUCCGGAGCAUCUUCAAAGCACUCGACUCGAUGAUGAGGAAGUCGGCGCCAGCACUUGUUGGUAACCAAACGCUGGCGGUGCAACAUUUCCACACCUGGCUGCCGGAGCUGACGGGCCUCUUGACGACGGAGGAGAUCCUGCAUAUUGCCAUUGACUUUAUGGACUCGUGCAAAGAUGUCAAGGGCAAGCUCAUCAUUUACAAGCUGUGUCUUAUCAUCAACUACUCUAAGCUAGACCUAUUUGCUCAUCCGGAGCAGAAAUCUGCCCUGAGUGCCAACACUGUGCGAUGGAUCUCUCCUCACUGGGGUCACACCGAAGAGGUCAAUGAUCAGUGGCGGGAGCAGAUUCGCCUAUGUUGUUCCAUUGUCGCCUGCCAGAUCGACCAUCUGGGCCCGGAAAUACCUGACCAUAUCCCCAACAUUGUCGACUCGUACCUCACAAUCCUCUCCUCGCCACAGAAACCAAGAAACAAGCUUUCACUCCUAUUCCCGUCAUCGUAUCCUUUCCCUACGAAACCAACAGCGGAGGAGAUCACCUUUGAUGAGUCUCUGGCAGAAUUGGCCGCGGUGCUUUCCGCCCUGGCGAAUUCUCCGUCGGGCAUGCAGCUCGAGCUGGCUUCCGAGGACGACCUGACGACACUUUUGGAGAAUCUGCUCAGAGUGCAGAUGAGCAUUCUGACCGGCGAAGCGUUCCCAAGUGGAUGGCUAAGUGUGCUCAUCUAUCACCACAAGUCGACGAUGCGCAUCCUGCAGUACCUCGCUGGCAUACUUCUAGAAUCCUGCCUACCCGACCCUGACGAGGCAGAAUCUUUCAACACCGAGCUCUGGAAGAUCUCCUCGCUCGCUCUGGAGACGUUCCCUGAACAGAAGAGAAGAGCUGUGUGGAAGAUUGCUGGCGAUGCUAUCGGCUGGGAAACCACUCCAGAGGAGCGUGAGAAAUACGGACUCAGCAAUAUUGGUGGCUAUCAGGUGCAAUACGUACCAACUCUGGUUGGCCCAAUUGUAGAGUUAAUGGCGGUGGAGGUUCUGCAGACCAUGAUUGUCAGUGAGUGGACCUUGAGCGAGGACUUGUCUGUGAUACAGACGGAGCUCAUCGACUCACUGGACACUUACUUCAAGUCGAACCCCCUCACGGAGAGCACUCUCCAGAAGCUAUUCAUUGCAGAGCUGCUUGAACGAUUCCAGCCCCUCUCAAAGGCUGCUGACGAGCCCCUCUACGCGGCUUUCCUAGAUCUGCUGGUAGCUGUACACAGCGGUGGUGAUGGCAGCGGCGAAGCCUCCAACAUCAUCAACCGACUUCGGCUCAUGGAGUUCUUGCGUGACAUGCAGAAGGAGGAGAUCUUCAUCCGCUAUUCAGGGAACCACACCGAGGCUGGCCUGGCGCUUCGUCUUCAUGCGGAUCUCUAUGAAUGGGAUCCGAUUGGGCAUUCUCCAUUCGAGCGCAAGGAGAAGAUCUACUUUGAGAUGAUCAAGCAUUUCGAAGACGGAGAUUCGUGGAGCAACGCCUUGACUGCGUACAAGGAGCUCCAGGUACAGUAUGAGACUAACGUGUACGACUUUGCCAAGCUGGCCAGAGCUGGGCGGGCCAUCGCAACGAUUUACGAGAGCAUUUCUAAAAGCGAAAAGGUUACGCCCAAAUACUACAAGGUGGCCUUCAAAGGCCUUGGAUUCGCUACCUCCAUACGCGACAAGGAAUUCGUUUAUGAAGGAUCCCCGUCUGAACGUGCCGCGGCCUUUACAGACCGCAUACAGGAGCAAUAUCCGUCAGCUCAGAUCAUCACGGGUGGUGACGUUGACGAGAUGGAAGGCCAGUUCUUGGUUGUUUCGGCUCUGACGCCACACCGGGACCUCUCUCAUCAAGUCUACCAGAGAGUUCGAGUGCCUCAUAUUGUCCGAGACUUCUUACUAAAUACUUCGGGACCAGUGCAGGAGCAUUACGCGGAGAAGUUGGUUUUCACGACUGCUGAGCCUUUCCCCACCCUCCUUCGCCGAAGCGAGAUCGUCGAGACCCGCGAGGUCAGGCUUACCGCCCACGAAACCGCCCUGGAACGCAUUUCUAGGAAGACGCAGGAGAUGACUCUGCUGGAACGCCGAUUGGCGGAGGGCGAUGACUCGGUCGCCCAGCAGCUUGUUGACGCCGUCACCGUUUCCGUCAGUCCAGCUUCGGAGAAUAGCGUAGUACAAUACCGCAAACUGGUCCCCGAAACGACAAGGAGCGAAGAGGAAGAAGAUGGGACGGACUCUGACGAGGAGGGAGAGGACGAAAUGACUUUGAACCAAGCUAUUUCCCGAGCUUACUCGGAGCUUCAAGGCUAUUUUGAGGCAACCUUUGCACCUGAGAUUGCAAUAUUCGCGCCCCCACAGCCAGUCUUGCAGCCCAUCUCAACACCGUCCCCUACCUGGAGAGGCUCAACACCAGGCGGCGACAAGGGCCCGCAAUGGACGAGCGUUGCUGUUCCGGUGAGCGGGGUGAAAGCUGAAGAAGCGACGGUGAUUCGACAGAUUACGCCUCGGCAACGCGGCGCGCGGCUGAGUUUCUUGGGCGGCCGGAAGAAGGAGCUGGACGGCCAAGAAGCCGGCGAUGAAGCCAACAGCAACGCAGGCGAUGUAAAAACGCACACGCGCGGGCUCAGCAAAGACGCUGCUCUCCUUAAGCUGGCCCAGGUUCAGGCCAAGGAUCAUGCCCAUCAAGACAGCGGCAGGGAGAGGCGAGGUGGCUCGGUUGGCCGGGUGAGCCUGGACAUGUUGACCAGGGACCGGCCGUCCAUGGAUGAGCCUGAAACCAAGAAGAAGCACAGCGUGAGGAAGAGGUUCAGCUUGCUCAAGCUUGGCAUGAAGCAUCAUAAGCCAGGAGGGGUGAUGGGCAGCCUGGACGAGGAGCAGUAGUCCGCACUGCUUGCUGCUCUGCCGACAUACAAAUGUACAAACACGAAACAAGAGACACGCAGACAAAACAGGCGAGAGCGACGAACAAGAUAUAUAGAAGGGGUGUGCAGGAUCUUUGCUUCAUUGGUUUCCUUUGCAACUGUUUAGUAUCCCAUCCUGGCGGAAAGAAAGAAGGCUUCUGGAACUUCUUUUGGCUCGGGAUAUGUCGAUACCUCUCUCAUUGUUG